UGUGGCUACUAAAGCAGCUCUCCGGGGUAGUUGUCAGUCGUCGUGGAUUCCUGAGGCCCGUCUCUAUAGCAACCCAUUCCUCCUCCUGAGUACUGCUGCCAACUUACCCUCUCUGCCACACAACGAAUCUCUCCUCAUCCCCCCCUGGCCAAUCGCCGGCUCUGAACUGCGUUGGAAUGGAUACCGAGUCGACCCACUCGGGCUACUCCUAUCACUCCAGCCGCUCGGGGAGAUCCAACCGACAUGGAGAUCGAAGCCGUGAGCGUCACAAGGCCAGCAGCAGCAAAGACAGCAGUCGCUCUGAGAGGUCCGUCGUCAUUAACCCCCCCGACACGCCCUCCCAGGACUCCCCCGUUCACAAUGGAGAGCCGCUGCCAGGAGAACCCAUGCCAGCAGCAGAUCAGGGAGAUGAGGCUCAGGAUGAUAACUGGGGGGAAACCACCACCGCUGUGACGGGCACCUCAGAGCUCAGUAUCUCCCAGGAGGAAGUGGUAGGACUGGGGAAGGGAAUGCAGGACCGGACCCAGGGCUUCCGCCGGUAUCUCCCGCUGGCUGUGGGCUCAUGUGUGGGACUGCUGGUGCUGGCCACGCCCCUGGCCUUCCUGCUCCUUCCAGCUGUAAUGUGGCCAGACAGGCUGCAGGCGUGCGGCGCAGCCUGCGAGGGCCUCUUCCUCUCCAUCGCCUUUAAGCUCCUCAUCCUCCUGUUGGCCAUGUGGGCCUUGUUUCUCAAGCCGGGCCGUGCGAGCCUGCCCAGAGUGUGUGUGUACCGUGCCUUCCUCACCACCCUGACACUCCUGCUCACCAUGUCUUAUUGGCUCUUCUAUGGGGUCCGGAUCCUUGAUGCACAGGAUGAGGACUACCAUGGGAUUGUCCAGUUUGCUGUGUCCCUCGUGGACUCCCAGCUGUUUGUCCACUAUCUGGCCGUGGUGCUGCUGCAGCUCCGCCACCUCCAGCCAUGCUACAGCGUGUGUGUCAUCCGCUCCACUGAUGGAGAGACACGUCACUACAACAUAGGACAGUUUAGCAUUCAGAAAGCAGCUUUGUCCAUUUUGGAGUAUUACUACAGAGAUUUCCCGCUCCAUAACCCAGCCCUCCUCUCUGCCUCUAAGCACCGAGCUGCCAAACACCUUGCCGGGCUGAAGGUCUACAACGUGGACGCCCCGGGGAACACAGCAGGAGCGCAGCCUGGUAAUGGGAAUCAGUCACGGGCCAUGGUUGCAGCUGCAGCCAAACGCAAAGACAGCGCCCACAAUGAGCUGUACUACGAAGAGGCUGACUACGAGAGGAGAGUGCGUAAACGUAGAGCCAGGCUGGUGGUGGCUGUGGAGGAGGCCUUCACUCAUGUCCGCAGGAUGAAGAAAGAGGAUGAGCGUGCAACACCGUCUGACAUCAUGGAUGUGCGUGAAGCAGCUCUGGCCAUUUUCCCCUCUAUGGCCAGGGCGCUGCAGAAGUACCUCCGCACCACCAGGAGGCAGCACUGCCACAGCAUGGAGAGCAUCCAGAAACACCUGGCUUUCUGCCUCGUUAAUAACAUGAGCCCCAAGGCCUUCCUUGAGGCAUACCUGGCCCCUGGUCCUACCCUGCAGUACGGCCCCGAGCGCUGGAUGGCUGACCAGUGGACUUUGGUCAGCGAGGCGUCUGUCACCAGCGGCAUUAAGGAAGGGACAGAGUUCCUGCUGAGGUGUCUUGACUUUAGUUUAGCUGUGACCGUCAAAGGCAUCCCGUACAUCCGACUGACUGAGGAGUACAUCGACCCCAAGUCUCACAAGUUUAUACUGCUGCUCCAAUCAGAAACCUCAGUUUAACACAGUGGACCGGAACUGCUGAUGUGGACGUACAGGACGUGUUAUCCGACUGAAUUUUACACAAAAAAAGAAACUUUUUUGUACUGUUUUUUGUACUUCUGUUUAUCAAAUGUCCUCACAUAGAAUAUCUUUGUGUCCUCGUCUUUGUCCUAAAGGGAACAUGCUUGGAUUUCUCUGUCAUGACGUCUGCAGAACACAGUUCAGGUAUUCCUCUAUGCACGACAGAUGACUCUCACACACACUCUCUUCUUACUUUUGAUUGCAUGUGCCAGUGUGUGCCUGCGUGGGAGAGUUCAUGAUUUAGUAGGAGUGUGUGUGAUUUAGGAUGGAAAAUGUGUGUGUUUUGAGUGCUGUUUACACUCGGGAUGUGUCUCGACCUGUCUCUUCUUUCUCUGUAGAGUUGACUAUAGUGACCAGGACGUUUGAUAUAACCUGAACCCUUUUCACCAAAACUGCUCUUUUUUCAGUCUUAGCUACGAUUAUUUAUCUGUCCUGUAUUUCAGAUGUAUGUACAGUAUUUAUAUGUGAAUAUACUUUAUCCCUCCAGACUUUUUAUAUCAGAAUUGUGCAUUGGAUGAUUUUUUUACCUUGUCAAAGAUUUUUUUUUUACUUUGUCUGUCUGCACUGUAUUUGUGGAAAAAGCUGGACUGUAAAUAGUUGAAGACAUUUGUAAAUGUCAGAACCACUGGAAUCUCUUGGACUGAAUGCCAACCACAGUACAGCUUAAUAUAGAUGGUCUAGCCAAUAGAUUGUGAACGAACACAUGUGACUACUUAGUGUCUUUGUAUGGUUAAGUGUGUGCAGUGAACACUGAUCUCUUUGUAGGCUAGUAGAGAGACUAAGACCCUGUCUACAAGUAUACAGAUAUUUUUAUUCUUAUUUUCCUUCUAAGCUGCAGAUUUUUAAAAACCCCAGUUACUGUGUGUCCAUGUAGACAUGAAAAAUUAAGCUAUUGGGAAAUAAUGACAUCAUCUCAAUUUGCACAUGCAGUUUGUUGCUAUAUGUAACAAGCAUAUGCUAGAAACAUCAGAAACAAUGACCAACUAUCGGUAUGCUAACCUUUUGUUAGCACUGCUUGGUCAAAGUUUAUUUAAAAUUUAUUGCUGCACCACUUAAUGGAUGAACAGAGGCAACUGCUGCACCCAGUGUUUUUGCUCCAACUCAGGGUCCACAAUUUAAAGUCUGCCAGAAACAAAAGUUUUACAUCAGUUCAGGUCGCAAAUUUACAAAUCGUAGGAUAAUGAAGGAAUGACCCACCCUACUCUCCCUUUGAGUGGCUAGUUCUCAUUGCCUUCGUUGGUUUGGUUUAUGUAAAAGUAUUGGGAUUGGUUAGGGUAACAAUGUCAGGGUAAGCCAAUCAGAGGCAGGGUAGGGCAGGCCACUCCUUCAUCAUCCUAGGAUUCGCAAAUUUGCAUCCAGGUCGAACCAGUGAAUGCGGGGACACUUCCUAGAGUGGAAUUGUUGUCAACCAAAAUUAGAAGGAUAUCUUUUGUAUGUCCAGAGCACCACUUAAAUGUUUAAGUAAGCUCCUUCAUCCUUAAAUUGGAUGAGAUUAAAUGGCAAUCAGACAUCCUGUGGGUGUUUUGAAAAGGUAACAUUAGUCUGUACACUUAGAUACCUUUAUGACAAGGGGAGACAAUGUGGACAGAGGGGGGGAAAAUAACCAUUUUCAAAAAUAUCUGUAUAUGUGUAGACAGGGCCAAAAUCUUUGGACGGCUUUGAGGUUCAUUUGUUUGACCUUUAAUAUCUUGUGUCACUUUUGUGCUGUUUAAAAUAUGACCCUGGUUUUCAUCUCAAUUCAACACAAGGAGGGUGUAUGAUUACAGCACCCUUCUGCAUUAUGUAAAUCACGAGGAUCGUGCAAAACCUAAAUAUUACCUCAGCAAUUUCAGAAGACUUCCCCUAAACAUCUCACUAGAAAUUAAACAUCUCUUAUCUCAUGUUUGCAAGUGUUUAACAAAUGUUGAAAAUUGAUUAUUUGGUGUAAAUUAGCUCAACCUAGAGUCAGUAUUUCUGCUGUCAGUAUUUUGUCUAACUCUGCUGCCACCUAUCUACAGCAACUGGAACAGGAACGCUGUCACUCAAACUGUUCAUUUGUAUGAAUAUUUGAACUGUAUUUUAAAAAACUUUUGUAUUUAUGAGGUCUGUUUUGUUGUAAAUUUACAUUUACCUGAGUGUUACUGUGGUCACAGAUGGUGUAGUUUUGUUUAGGCUUUUAGAGUGUUGUUGGUUGUAAAUAGCUCUCGACUACACAUGUGCCUCGGUUACACAUAUUUAGGAUGUGCUUGGUAUACAUGUGCAGUUUUCAAGCGUGCUUGUGUGCGUGUGCGUGAGAGAGAGAGAAGAGGAGAAAGAAAGGGAACUUAAUGAAGAAAAGAGAUUGCUUUCCCAAAUGCUUUGUACCCGUCUUCUUUUAUACAACAGAACAUGUAAAA